AUGGAUGUACAUCAUGCUUCCCGCUGGUUCACGCUUGUUAGGCGAUCCGCGAGACACUACCGCAGUCGGGACUCAUCAUACAAGAGUCUAUAUUUGCAAGUAGAAGUGGCAAGAAUUGGCAUCAGAAUCACAGUCACAAUGACAUUCAGCACAACACACGGAGUGCCGCUCGCCACCGGAUGCCGUCAAGUCAUUCGCAAGCCGGUCCGUGCUCGUAUUGAUGUCCGUGCUAGGUAA